CAUUUCCCCUCACCGCCAAUCACACCGCACCCCUCCCGCGCAAUCUUCUACUGUUCUAUCCAUGCCAUUGACUCUUCCACAAAGCUCAGCACCCCUCCAGCAGUCUCUGAGUCGACAAUUGCUCGGUCUAGGCGCCUGCCGAGCGCACAGUCAUAGCCCCACGACUCACACUCGCACUCUCGCCCUGCCGUCCGCACCUCUCGGCCAAACACAUAAGGGAGCCUCCAGCACUCUCCUUCGCUCCCUCCGCCUCUCCUCCACUGCCCGGUGCUUCGCCCUCUCCGCCCUCACAAUGGCACCCCCUCCCCCCGCCACAGGCACCGUGGACACCCAUGCCAUCGAGACCAACCGACCCAUCGUCAUCUCAGGGCCAUCGGGCGCCGGUAAGAGCACCAUCCUCAAGCGACUGUUCGAAGAGUUCCCCGACAAAUUCGGCUUCUCCAUCUCGCACACCACACGGUCACCCCGUGCCAGCGAGAAGCACGGCCGCGAAUACCACUUCGUGACGAAGGAGGAGUUUCUGGAUCUGGUCGAUCAGAACGGGUUUAUUGAGCAUGCACAAUUUGGAGGGAACCACUAUGGCACAAGUAUUAAGGCGGUGGAGGAUAUUGCGGAGCAGGGGAGGAUAUGUAUACUGGAUAUCGAGAUGGAGGGCGUCAAACAGGUAGCGAUGCAUCCAACCUUUCCACGACCGCGAUUCCUCUUCCUGUCGCCACCCUCAGAGGAAGUCCUGGAGCAGAGACUGAGAGGAAGGGCAUCGGACAAGGAGGAAGCGAUCCAGAAGAGGCUGAAGCAGUCUAAGGUAGAGAUGGAGUUUGCGAAGAGUCCCGAGGCCCCACAUGACAAGAUCGUUGUCAACGAUGAUUUGGAUAAGGCGUAUCAGGAGGUGCGGGAGUUCAUUAUAGGCAAAAAUGCUUAGGGGAGAGCAGCAACUCUUAAGCUAUUCCCAAGCGCUGGUAGGUCACGACAACGAAAAACACGGAAACAUUAGAAGGAAGAUACCACGACAUAGAACAGAAGAUAUACGUCACAAUGGCGGUAAAAACAUAUAAGCUCCAGAAAGCUUCUUGAAUUUCCCGAAAGCUAUCUAAGCCA